GUGAGAAGUUCGAGAAAAUACAACUAUAAUGGUGGAACGAUUGCUUUUUUGUGCUAUUGGAUUACUUGUUUUAAUAUUUAACGUGAAGGGAAUGGACCAAGAAAUGCAGGAAUUGGCUGAUAUGUUACACAACACUUGCAUUGGAGAAACUGGAGCUAGUGAAGAUGAUAUUAGUAACGCAAAAAAAGGAACAUUUGCCGAUAAAGAAGAAUUUAAGUGCUAUAUCAAAUGCUUAAUGGCUCAAAUGGCCUGUAUAGACGAUGAUGGUAUUAUCGAUGAGGAAGCUACUAUAGCGGUGUUACCUGAAGAGUACCGCGACAAAGCUGCUCCUGUCAUUAGAAAAUGUGGAACAAAAAAGGGUAAAAACGACUGUGAAAAUGCUUGGUUGACCCACAAGUGUUAUCAAUCGGAAGCACCAGACGAUUACUUUCUCAUUUAAACCUGUUGAUAUCUUCAUAAAUAUUAAUUAGAUAGGAAAGAAUAACAACGAACUAUUUAUUUUUAUCGUAGAAAUAAAAAUAAAAAUUGUUAUAUAUCCAAAGAUUGGAUAACUAUAGAUGUAUGUUAAGCAUAAUUACCAAUCCUAUACCUAAUCGUAGAGCUAAUAGUUUUAUAAUACACUGUGACCAUCUAUGUAUUUGUUAUUGUUUUUAAAGUAUCAGUAGGUAGCCUGUAUUAUAUUUGUUAUUAUUUAAUCUAA